AUGACUUCACCCACCCCUCCCAUGCUUGUUUCCAUCUUGUUCUUUAUAUCCUUAUUCAUUGGGAGCAACUCCUUGUCUACCACCUUUUACGAUAAUACUUGUCCAAAUGCUCUUACUACCAUACGAACAUCCAUCAGACAAGCUGUAUCUCGCGAGCGUCGCAUGGCAGCAUCCCUUAUUCGCCUACAUUUUCACGAUUGUUUUGUACAGGGAUGUGAUGCUUCUGUCUUACUCGACGAAAACACAACCCCCGCGAGUGAGAGAAACGCAAUACAAAAUCAAAAUUCUGCUAGGGGAUUCAAUGUUAUUGAUGCGGCCAAGGCUCAAGUCGAGCAAAUAUGUCCUGGAAUUGUUUCGUGUGCUGAUAUACUUGCCUUAGCUGCCAGAGAUGCUUCAGUUGCCGUGGGUGGUCCAACAUGGAAUGUAAAUCUGGGAAGAAGAGACUCCACCACUGCAAAUUUAGACGAAGCUAAAAGAGAUCUUCCAUUAUUUACAAGCACCCUGCGUGAACAUAUUGAAAACUUCAACAAGAAAGGUCUCAAUGAAAGAGAUAUGGUGGCCUUAUCGGGUUCGCACACCAUUGGACAAGCUCAAUGUGUCACUUUUCGAGACAGAAUAUACAACGGAACAAACAUUGAUGAUAAUUUCGCAAGAACUCGACAACGUCGAUGUCCUAACAACCAACAAGUCGGCAACGGGAAUUUGGCACCUCUUGACUUAGUCACACCUAAUUCUUUUGACAACAACUACUUUAAGAAUUUAAUUCAAAGAAAGGGUCUUCUCCAAUCCGAUCAAAUAUUGUUUAGCGGUGGUUCUACCGAUAACAUUGUGACAGAAUAUAGUCGCAACCGUGCAAAAUUUAGCGAUGAUUUUGCAUCAGCUAUGGUGAAGAUGGGAGACAUCAAACCAACCACAGGACAAAAUGGGAUCAUUAGAAGGGUGUGCAGCAACUUGAAUUAAGCCUUGAACACCACAACUAAUAGUUUUGUGU